GUUUUUUGGUUGUCAUUCAUUUUUUUUUUGGGUUAAGGCAGGGUGGGUGGCGAGGUUUCCGCCACAUAGUAGUUAGCUUCUUCGCCCGGUGUAUCGGGCAAAAGGCACGAGCCGAGCGAGAUUACAGGCCUGUUGACAUUUUUCGUCAUUGCUUUCGACUAUAAUUCAAUUCACCUGGAUUCCUCGCCACCAUGGUGAAGCACGAGGAAUGGGUUCUAGGCUUAGAUGGCACUCCGUUCUACACUUGCACCUGGUCACCCGAGAACGAUCCCCUCGCCUACGUUCUCUUUGUCCACGGUUACGCCGAACAUAUCGCACGCUAUGACAAGUUCUUUGAAGGGCUCUCUUCGGCUCCUUAUAAUCUCCACAUCACAGCGUACGAUCAAAGAGGUCACGGUCGGACAGCAUAUGCUCCAUUGACCGCUUCAUCACCCGAGGUCGAGUCGUGGAAAAAGCAAGGCAAGCAUGUCAAGCUCGCGUUGAAUACGCAACGCAAGACUGGAGGUUGGCCAAAGGUCCUGCCAGAUAUGGAAUGGUUUGUCAAACAUGAAGCGGAGCAGGCAAAAGCAGUGGGGAAGAGACUGUUCUUAUGGGGUCACAGUAUGGGUGGAGGACAAGUUCUUGGAUUUCUCACUCGGUCGACUCCUCCGCCUGCGAAAGCCACUCUGGAUCUGUUGUCGGGGGUCAUUGUCUCCAGUCCAGAAAUCAUCCUGACUGAACGGGCACCCGCAUGGAAGAUGCUCCCGGGAACGCUCGCGACCAAGAUCGGUCUAGGUGAUGUGGUCAUCCCCUCACCACCACUCAUGGAUAAACUCUCACAUGAUCCAGCUGUCGCCGAGGCGUGCAAUAAUGAUCCAUGGUGUGAACAAAAAGGAUCUUUGAAGCUCUUGGCCGACCUCGUCAACCGCGGAGAGGAAUUACUCCACCCGAAUGUCAUCGCUCAGUGGCCAAAGACGAUGCCACUGCUGAUGUACCACGGUGGAGAUGACCCGGUGUGCCUUCCCGGAGCUUCGCAAGAAUUUCACGACAAAUUGUCAGCCACAGACAAGACAAUCAGGCUCUUCCCUGGAAUGCGUCACGAGCUGCAUCAUGAAUAUGAGCCGACGCCGUCAGAGGUCCAGAAACUCGUCGCGGAGUGGAUCACAGCGAGAGCCACUACUGCUCCGGAAUUGGCUGAAACAGUUGCUCAUCCUAAAUUGUAGAUGGGACUGCACCUGUAUCAUUAAAGUCGCCGACUGUAGCUUGUAGACUCCAUUC